GCAGGAUGAGGACUCUGUGUGUGUGUGAGUAUACGUAAGUGCGCGCGCCGGGUGUGUUCCUGUGCGAGCUCCUCUUGCUGUCAGAGGCACUCCGCAGCCGGCUCGGAGCGGCUUGGGGAAGAUGGGAGGCUAGAGGCGGAACGCUGACUGGCGUAGUCCAGGACCCACAGCCUGAGAAAAGGAACGCGAGCCAAACGCGCGCGCCCUUUUCACAGCGGACAAAGACUCUGGGCUUUUGGCGGCACUACUCUAUACUGGAAAUGCUGAGAGAAGGCUGCUGACACCUCGGUCCCUACCUUGUCUUGUCAACCGCGCUAAAACGGAUGUAUCCAGCUCUCCCCAGUCCCUGGCAGUGAAAGCUUUUGCAGGGGACGAAGGGGGUGGUCUCUGAGCUCUGAGGGAGUGAGAAUACAGAGGGACACAGACUCAGGACAGGUUGGGCUAUCCGCAGUCGCCCCCUAAUCCUCCUUUCUGUGGGGUUGGCCGCCCCACUCUCACUCAGCACCACUGGCCAAGAUGCGCCUCAACAGCACAGCACCCGCACCCUCCAACCAGGCAGAACCAGGUUCUUUCCGCUUGGAGCAGUCGGAAGGUGGAGUGGGGGACCCCUCCCUCCUGGCCCCCAGCUACAGCAACAGCACUGCCAACUCGUCAGAGAGGCUCCUCACCCCAGACACUGACCUGGACGUGAACACAGACAUCUACUCUAAGGUGUUGGUCACUGUCAUUUACCUGACGCUCUUCGUGGUGGGCACCGUGGGGAACUCGGUCACUGCCUUCACCCUGGUGCGCAAGAAAUCACUGCAGAACCUGCAGAGUACCGUCCACUACCACCUGGCUAGUCUGGCCCUCUCUGACCUCCUCAUCCUCCUGCUGUCCAUGCCCAUCGAGCUCUACAACUUCAUAUGGGUCCACCACCCUUGGGCCUUCGGCGAUGCGGUGUGCCGGGGUUACUACUUCCUUCGGGAUGCUUGCACUUAUGCCACCGCUCUCAAUAUCGCCAGCCUCAGCCUGGAACGCUAUAUGGCCAUCUGCCACCCGUUCAAGGCUAAGAGCAUCAUGUCCAGGAGCAGAACCAAAAAGUUCAUCAGCUGCAUCUGGAUCCUCUCCUUCCUGCUCGCCAUCCCUAUGCUCUUCACUAUGGGCCAGUUCAAUGCCGGUCCCGAAGAUGAUCCCAAUAACCUCAUCUGCUCCACGAUUGUAGAUACUUCCACGCUCAAGAUCGUCAUUCAGGUCAAUGCAUUCAUCUCUUUCCUGUUCCCAAUGGUUGUCAUUUCAGUCCUGAAUACCAUCAUUGCUCACCAGCUUACCAUCAUGUUCCAUCAGGCAGCCCAACAGAACCAGGUCUGCAUAAUUGGAGGGCAACAGACCAUGCUCAGUAUGUCCAUAGAGCCCAGCCGUGUCCAAGCUCUAAAGCAUGGAGUUCGAGUCUUACGUGCAGUGGUCAUUGCCUUUGUAGUGUGCUGGCUGCCUUACCAUAUUCGCCGCCUGAUGUUCUGCUAUAUCCCACAUGGCGACUGGUCUCCGUUCCUCUAUGAUUUCUACCACUACUUCUACAUGCUGACUAAUGUCCUCUUCUAUGUCAGCUCCACCAUCAACCCCAUCCUCUACAACCUGGUAUCAGCCAACUUCCGGCAGAUCUUCAUAUCCACCCUGGCUUUCCUUUGCCCUCCAUGGAGAAGAAGGAAAAAAAGGCCAAGGUUUUCCAGGAAGUCCAACAGCAUCUCCAGCAACCACACUUUUUCCAGCAAUGUUACCAGGGAAACACUCUACUAGAGCUCCAGAAAGCUGGCUCCAGAGUCAUGGAAGAAGGGGUGGAAGCUGAUGCCACCCCACUUGGUUCCCCCAUAAGUUGAGUGCAUGUGGUGAUAAUUAUUUGGCACAGUGAUGUCAGUUCCUACAUACACUGGCCUUUCACAUCUUGUAACUAGUAUCUAUCCAUUCAUUUGGUGUAGGGGUGGGGGUGGGAAAGGGCAUUGUUGGCCUGGGUUUAGACAAAAGGUCAGUUAGGAGUUCCAUCAUUUCUUUUAACAUCUAAGAAUUGAAAUCAAGACAACCUGCAUUACAGAAUCCAUUUGUUUUUAGCAUAAAAGUAACCAUUGAUCCCACCUCUACCACCCUUCCCCUCCCUCUUUCUUUUGAAAGUACAGGGAUGUGAUUAUUUCUCCUAGAGGCACCAAACAAGGACUUUAAUGAGGAGAAAUUAGUAUUCAGUAAGAAGGGGUUUUCUAUGUUACCCAACUAAUGGAUAUUUAGAGCCAGGGACAUGAACAAAUAAAUGGACUCCUAGAGCAGGGUGAUUAUUCAUAGAUGCUUCUCUGCUUAACGUUUGCUAACAAGUUCAGCAUGUUCCAGGGAAUCAAUAACAAAGAGGAUGCUCACCAGCCCAGAAAAGUGGCCUCUGUUCAGCUCAAGUCAUUGUUUCACUGGCCUUGGUUCUGUCUGGAAGCUUAGAAUUCAGGCACGAAAGAAAGAAUGAAUGAAUCAUUGAGCCUCACUGAAUGGGAUCCUUAACUACCCAAUUAGGUUACUGUGGGUAGAAGGGAUUCUUGUGAUAAUCAUGAGUGAAGGCUCUUGUACAGAACCAGCCUCAUCUCCUACCUUCAGUUCUCUUCUGAGGAUCAGAAUUCUUUUGGCCAAUCCUACAGGACAGACUCCAGUCUUAAGUUAGGAAAUGAUAACAGAAAUGGGACUACUCAGUCCACACUGAUCACCCAGGCCAUUCAGUCUCUUCUCUCUGGGCUGAAAGCAAUUCUGAUCCUACAUUCAAUUUCAUUUAAUUCAAAAAAUAAUUAUUGAAUACCUAUGGCAUAUAGGGUUCCAUACCAAAUACAAAGCCCCCUCACUCAAUUUCAUGAAGAAAUAAAUCUUCAUUCUCUUUCCUUUAGAAUUGAGAAAGCACUCUUUGUGCUUCCUUUUGUUCAUGAAGGAGUCUUUCUUCCCUCCUUUACACUCCAUCAGCUUGUAAAAAACAGAUCAAACCUAGAUACCCAAGAGAAUAGUCUAGCUAUAUCCCUGCUGAAUCAUGAUCAGGCGUCUGGCCAAGUUGCCUCUCCCCUCAUUUCCUCCCACUCAAGGUCCAUGAGGAAUAUUCUAUUCUGACUUCAUUCUCCACUCAUUCAGGUCACUGCAAAGAGGCAAGAGGUCACUGAGCAUGAAGCCAUAGAAUUUGAGGGGGUAAGGGGGAGCAAGAUGAAGAUUUCUUCCAUGUCUCCUCUCCCACCCUUGACCCUCCUCACAUUAUUAAAGUGGCUCUGUUGAUUGGAUUCAUUGAUUGUUUCCCCUUUCUUCUCUCCUCACCCCAUACUUCUUUGUGCUCUGAACAACAGCUUCCUUUGGGCUCCUGAGAAUUCCGGAAAAGCUAGUCUACUGGCUCCAUUUCCUCAAUAUUUACUCCUGAUCAAAGUCUCUUAAGUGGAGAUCUUCCCCUGGAGGAAUCAGAGACUACAGGAAUUUGUGUGCACAUAUAUAACUUAACAGAGAAGCAGAGAAUAAUUACCUAAAACAAAAGGUCCCAAAGUCACUUACCACUGCCCAGUGGACUUCAUUUCUCAGAAGAGGUACCACCAAUAAUGCAGAAAUCAAGGUUCCAGAGAGAACAUUCACUGUUGUCUACUCCCUCAAGAUCCAGUCCAAUAUUUAGCAUUGUGCCUGACAGUAAAGUACUUCAUAAAUGUUUGUGAUUGACUGAUUGAUUGACUCAACAUUUAUCCAAAACAAUCUUGAUUCCACAGUGGGCUCUCCUUAGUGACGAGGAGGGAGAAGGAAAGUAAGACAGAAUGAAGGCUUUGUUCCAGAAUAUAGGGGAAAAUUCAGGCUGGUAUGAGUAGGUUUUUUUCUUUGUCAUAAAACUACAAUUUUGUACAGAGGCAGAAUUGAACUGGAUGAGGCAAAUGACUUAAUAGAGAAGGUCCAAAUUAGGGUAAUGAAUUUCCCUUCUUAAAAUUCCUCUCUUGUUCCCCUACCCUACACCUAUUAUCCUAUGAGUCAAACAUUCUCCUACACAUAAGACCACACUGCACCAUACCCACAAUAGGAUGACUCUUGUAAGCAACUGGCCUUUACUCCAAAAUGAAAUGAUCAGAAAAAGAAAAAAGUCAGUCUGUCGGGUGAGAGGUCUGCAGGCUAAGGCUGGUUGUAUGACUGAUUCUUAUUUUCAUAGUCUACUUAGGGAAGAUAAAGGGAAGUCUCCAGACUGGAACCACCAGGAGCUCAAACUGUCUCUCUCCUGCCCAAAGUCUGAAGCUUGAAUAUUCAUGAAAUACUUCUGAAUAGUGUCUGUGCAUCCAUUAUGCCCUCUGCCUGCCAAACCAGAGUUAGUAAAACUAGCUCAUGCUCACCUGUACACAGAGUCCCACCUUUUUCUGAGUGAGAGGGAAGUUCUUCUCUGAAGACUUUAUUUCUGAUCUGCCAGAAAACUCCAAGAAAUGGAGUUUCAACCUUGGCAGCUAGGCAGCAGUCUUUCUUUCCUGCUUAGUUACUGGCUACAGAAGAAAAGGCUACACAUGAGACAUUUCACCUAAGUGUCAAAAGACUUGUAAAGUGGAAGGGUCUGGGGACAAAAGAGGCCCCAGGGGGUUAGGGUGAAAAACUACUUUGAAUCAAUGUAUUUAUCCUUUGAAAAAUUUUUACAACUAGAGGUCAAAGGCAGCUCCAGGCUGGUAAAGAUUCUUGGUUUCCUCCAUAUCUAUAGCUCAAUAAGGCAGCACUAGCAGGGACCUCUCCCUAGCUCAACACAGCUUGGGCAUCAGUGUAUCAACACUAUUCCUCCCUCUUACUCUUGGGCUCAUUAGGCAGUACCAGCAAGGAUAUCUGGCAGGAGGUAGCAGAUUUCAUUCCAGCUCUGCUAUUAGCUUGUUGUGUGGCCAGGCAAGGCAGAAACUCUCUGGAGCUGUUUCCUUAUCUAUAAAAUGAGGGAAAAUACUACCCACUCUGCCUACCUUAAGGCAAUGAGGUAAGGAUGAAGGAAAGAAUGUAUGAAAGUACUUUGACAAGUAUGAAUUAUGCUAUAAAUAUAAAGUAUGAUUGUAAGAUGGGAAGGAAAUGGGGGGUGAUUGGCGAGGUACCAGACAAAAGUCAGAUGGCAAGUACUUGGACUUGGAUUUCAUCCCAUCAAGUAUCUUACAAAAAGCAGAGUUAGUGUGUCCAUGUCACCGGGAGUGAUAAUAACAUGGUCUCUUUUUUUUAUCAAAAACACAAAUCCAAGUAUACAAAGCAUGUCUUCAGUCUCCUUUUGUGAAACUGAGUCCUUUUACUUAGCUCCUUGUCCAAGAUGUCCAGUGGUAUGUAUUGUAAUUGUGUAGAACCCAGCUCUCCUGUGUUCCUUAAAGUUGAUUCCAUUUCAGUGACUCUGGAUUCCUGUGGGAAUGGCUGAAAUAGCUCAUAAGGAAAUCCAGCUCUGUCUUUGCCACUUCCUGCUUGAAAUCCCUCAGACUGUGAAUCCAACAACCUGUUCGUGUUGUGCUUGUGGUGGAAAUAAGUGAAUUGCACAUUAAAAUAAAUGAAUAAAAAGCUCA